AUGCGCAACAAGUCAGAAAAGUGGCACAGGAUGACGGAACCAAUUCAUCGACUUUCUCGGCGCUGGCUUCACAUUCUAGCCCCGCGAACUUCUAAAGCUAGCUCAAUACCUGCUGCUUUACAUGCUGGAUGGGAAAUUGGACGUAGUAAUCCAGCAACCACUGGACGCCCAUGUAGCACGAAGACCGUUUCUGCGGCAAGUACUCAGAAAUUAAGAUGCCGUCAAUUAACUCCUUCCCCAAGGAAUUCGACACGGAAAAGCAGCAGAGAUAAUACUACCAUACCCUUGUCAGGACCGAAUCAGAAAGCUUUGAAAUGUAAAGCGGAGAAUACAGACAAGAAGUGGGUGAAGAAGCAUUCAAAAAGAGACUCCAAAUUUUCUUGCGUCUUUGAACCUUCAAAAAAAGAAGAGACCAAGUUAGCCAACACACAUCAGUCGAAAGUUGGAGGUAGGAGUCGGGAGGAAGAAAAACAGUCUAUUUCUGGUGCCUCAAGUCUUACCAGUCCUUAUCAGCCCUGUUUACCGCAUACCAUUUCUUCACCCAGUUUAAACUCUUCACCACCUACUCCAAAUCCUCCUCCGCACUCGUCACAUGGUACCUCACGCAGUCCUUCACGUAGGAAAAAAAAAUUGAUGACAUCCUCCAAGUCAAGUGGUAUAGAUAGUUGCACCGCUAUCGCUGAGCUUGAAGCGAGCUAUGAUGACAAGGCCACGUGCAAAUUAGGUGAGGACUCAAACAUUCUUCAGCAAAGUAUUCAAGCUAUGCAAGAGCAAGAGUUUCGUAUAGCGCAAGCUUGGCUAGAAGCCGAAAAAGAGAGAAAGUUAAGUCUCUCUACAGAACAAGAUACCUUCAGUGUUGGCUUAAAUCGUUGGUGCUUUGAUAAAAAUAAAACAUGGCUAGAUAGCUCAGAGGCUCAAGAUAUGAAGUCAAGAAAUCUAGAUACAUCUUGUCAUAAUGUCGGAGCAGUGAACAACUGGAAUAGCCACAAAAAAAUGGGCCCUUCCAGUGGUAGGCAAAGUGCCGAUGGGAUAAGAAAAUCGAGUCGUAUUCAAACUGACUGGCGUACGAAGAUUAAAACGAAAGCCAACGAAUCAAACGAGUGUGAUGUAGAAUACAGGCCGAGUUUAGAUGAGAGUAGGGAAAGUAGCACACACAAGCGCUCAACCGGAUCGGCUUGGUUCACAAAUGAGGUAAAGGGUUGGAUGAAUCGACGGGCAAGUGCAUUCUAG